AUUUUUGUCGUUUAAGGGUUUCGACGCAGCACGUUAUUUGAGGGUUGAUAUGAUGUCUUUUUCAACCUUUUAUCUCACGUCGGAUUGACCUGGAUUGAAAGUUAGGAUAGAGACUGACAGACUCAAAUGCAAGGAUGUCCUCUACGCAAGAACGUAUCUCUCAGUUGCAAGCGCUGCAGGCUGCGCGCAAAACACAGCUCGAGGAGCAAAAGCGAAAGGUUGAAGAGCUACGACGCUCGUCUGCGCAAAGGCAGAGCACGCGUGAUGCGGAACCGGCUUCAAGGGAAACCCGGCAAUUUCAGUCGACCUCCGGAAAGAAGUCGUACAUAGAAGUCCUUAGCGAACUCUUACCGGGUUUGAACGCUGGAGACGUGGAAGUAGGCGGCGCUGGGCAGAGACCGAAGCUGCACAGGCCAGCGACUCUGAAAGUCAAUCGGGGAACGCCAGAUGACGCAGUGCAUAUAUUUCCCGUGCAGCAGGGUGAGGUGUACGACAAGGAGAUACAGACAGUGCUGUCGCGCUCUUCUUCAAGCAGUGACGUGGAUGGCGAUGAGAGCGCGAUGGCGGGAGGUGGUCCGGCUGUUGCCUCAGAUACGCGUGGCCCCGCGACGAGGCAAUCGGCUGUAAGCCGUGGCACGAGCCCAGUACCAGGAGCGAUGCUCAGUGCGGCCGUGGGAUCAACAACUGCAGGAGCUGCAGACGCCGGUGGAUCUCCGGCUGGGUCGCCGAAGCGGAGUCAGGAUCUGUCGGAGGAGGAGAAACAGAAUAUUUUGCGGAGUAACGAUUUUCUGAGCUUUUUUGACAAGUCGUCGAAGAUGGUCGAGAAGCUGCUGUCAGCGUCCGAUGCGCGCUCGGUGCUAUUGAGGGGUGCCAGCGGCGCUGCGGGGGCAGGCCUAGGAAACUUCGACCGGGACUACCGUGAGGACGAGGGCCGAGGAAAGCGGAAGGGCGACCGGGAUGCAGAUGACUUGCGGGAAGUAGGGCUCUUCGACUCGGAGCGAUGGACGACCGGGCGUUGCGUGACCGAUCUAGACUGGUCUCAGCACUAUCCUGAACUGCUCUGUGCAAGCUACGGCAAGCGGGACAAUGCGAGCAUAACGGAGGAAGAAGGCGUCGUAUGCGUUUGGAAUUUGGCGCUGCAGGGGAGGCCUGAGUUUGUGUUCACAGCAGGCUCUCAAGUCUUGACGGCGAAAUUCGACAAGCAGAAUCCAGCAGUCUAUCUCGGCGCAACCUACUCCGGCAGUAUCGUCUUGUGGGACAGCAGAACAACGUCGCGGGCGCCGGUAGUUUUCCUGAGAAAAGCAAUAUCGAUGUAAACGAACUACUGUUUACAAGUGAUUCUGUCAGUUCGACUUCGAGUAUACUUGCAGUUGCAUGAUACUGAUUGAAUAAAUGUUUGCCUGCAGUAGAAUGACCUAACUUAAAAAUUCAUUGAUGAUGUUUGAGCGCACAUUCUCCUUCAUAACAGACCCAGCGCACCCCCCUAGUGUCGGAAAGAGGCCACUCACAUCCCGUGUACGCGAUGGAGCAAACACACGGUGCGGAGCUCGUUUCAAUAUCAACCGAUGGCAAGCUCUGUGUGUGGAACUUGCAGAUGCUAGUGCACCCACAGGUACUUACUUGAUGUUCCUUUUGUCGAUCAUCAUUUGAAUCUUCAAUUUUCUUUUCUUUUAGGAAGGAAGAAACUGUUCUCUCGUGUCCUACACACACGUAGAUCAUUUUAGUUAAAAUGAAAAGUUAAACAACAACAGGAAUGCGUUGAACUGAAGAGAGGUUCUCGAGAAGUAGUUGCCAACUCCCUGGCUUUCGCAUCGGAGGACACUCUAUGGGUUGGGGGGGAGGACGGCAGCAUCUGCCAGUGUCAAAUUCAUCAAACAAAAAGCGGCGUCACAGACGCAUUGGAGGGUCACCAGGCUCUGGUAGUACUCUAUUGAUGAAUUGUCUUCCGUGAAGAUUUAAUUUAAAUUCGUCCGAGGUUUUCAGAUUCGUGACAAGCAGGAGUAGACGUGCGUUGACUACUCAUGAUUCUCGAAGAUGCUCGUCCUUCAGGAUUUGUUCAUCUCAGACGACCUCGACUGAUUUUUCACGUUGAGAUGAUUUGCCUCAAAGGUAUCCUCCGUGGGCUUAAACCAGUGUCUGUCUGAUGCGUCUUCGACGGGGACAGAUUUGUUGCUUUCUAGCGGUUUCGACUGGGCCGUUAACCUCUACGCGCCAAAGCGGUUCCAGGCACCGAUUUUGAGAUUAGAACACUUUAGUGAUUUUGUCACCGACGUGUCGUGGCAUCCCGACCACCCCGCUGUGUUUGCUGCUGUGGACGCCUCAGGACAGUUAGAGAUCUGGAAUUUGAACGAGUCCAUGGAGCAUCCAGCAUUAUGCACUGCAGGUCAGCAAGCAUCUCUAAAACCCGGAGGUGUGUCCGCUUCUCCGGUUCUGGUGAAGAAUGCACCGGUGAAGCCCUCUGCGUCGCAGAACUCCUUCUUCUGUGGCUGCUGGGAGUCCUUGCGGCGGAGCGGCGCCGGCGCAACAGGAGGGGGAAGUAAUGAUGUGGAGCAGCCGGCGGGCGGCGGACAACUCUAUGCAGCUGGAAAUACCGACGGCGCAGUGCGGCUAUGGCAAGUGAAGCGGAAUUUGCUUCCGUCCAGUCGGUCGCAGAAGGAAGACCUGACGAAAACGCUCGAAGAACGAAUCAACGCUUUGGAGCCAGUCACUUCCAUAUUCACAACUGCUGGAAUAGGGACGCAGCUAGUGUAGCCUGCGAAGAGGCUGCGCUACAGCGAAUGUUUAUUCCUGCCUUCGAAGAAGUUGUUGGAACAUACGCACACGUCUAAGUUUCUGAGCUUGUUCUGCUACCCGAAUUCAAUCGACCACGUGAAGCUUCUACUGUCUUCUACAGCCUACAUUAUGUAAAUACUUACUCUAACGCGGGGGCUCGCCUGCAGGUGGGAGAUGGUUGACCCGCGUUGUAAAAAAACUUUGAAUCAUCAGUAGUCCAGG